CGUCUUGCGAUGCAAGAUGCAAAUUUCAUCUUGUAAGCUGAAGCCAUCACCAAAUGCUCCCUCCGACCCGUGGACCCACCCCGAAAAUGACCCCACAAAAGUUCGGAACGUCUUCGCGCCUCAAUCAUAAGGCCACAAAUGAACGCGCCAAUUGGACACGCGGGAACAGCCGUCCCAAAAAAAGUUCACCAUCGUCGAAGCUCCCGGCCUACAGCUUUCCCUUUCGUCGGCGAAGCCUCCCUAUCACGCCCCCCGUACCGACUUUCUCUCCCAACUCCACCGGCGAACGUCGAAAGAGGACUCCAUUAUACACAUACCACAACAAUGUUCUCACGACUAAGGUUACCGCGCAUCGGCGCGGGCAUCGCCGCCGCCGCCAGAGCAGCACCGGCCAGACCUCUUCAGCAGCGCUCGAUACACUACGUCCCCCAGCUCUCCCACGACUUCAAGGACGGCGUUCCGGGCCUGCUGUCGGCCGACGGCUACGACAUGGCGUGGAACCAGUACAUGACGCUUGUCCUUGACAAGCUCAAUGCCUUGAUUGCAGGCACCGACCUCGAACAGCGCGAUGUCAAGCAAAUCCUCCUCGCCUCAGCCCAGGACCCCUCCCAAGCCCCCGUCUUCAACAACGCCUCCAUGGCGCACAACACCCACUUCUUCUUCAAGAACAUCACCCCGAACCCAAAACCCAUGCCCGAGUCCCUCGCUGCCGAGCUCUCCCACUCCUUCUCCUCCAUCGACACACUCCGCCGCGAAAUGAUCCUCACCGCCUCCUCCAUGUUCGGCCCGGGCUUCGUCUGGCUCGUCAAGGCAGGCCACCAAGACUACCGCAUCCUCACCACCUACCUGGCCGGUUCCCCCUACCCGGGCGCCCACUGGCGCCUCCAGAGCACCGACAUGAACACCGUCGGCCUGGGCGGCUCCGCCAACAAGUACUUCCAGCGCAGCGCCGCCGCCCAGAGACCCGGAACGAAGCCGCCUGGCGCGCUGGACGCCGUGCCGCUUUUGUGCCUCAACACGUGGGAGCACACGUGGAUCCGCGACUACGGGCUCGGCGUCGGCGGCCGCGGCGGUAAGAAGGCGUUUGCUGAGGCGUGGUGGGAGGUUAUUGACUGGGAGGCUGUCAACCUCGCGGCGGACAUUCCUUCUCGGCCACAGUUCAUGCGGUAAACGAAGAAAAAGAAGGGGGCAAAUGAUGACUUGUGUGGGGGUCUCUAAGAGUUUGGCGGAAUCAGGCCUGGUUGGGUUAGGAAACGAUUGGCUACGCGAGUACCAAUCACCCACAACAGAGCCUGAACCAAACCUGGCGAAAGAGAAUUGGAGCAGAUGCGGAGAAAGGGGUGAGAACCCUGCGAGAUGUCCCAACCUCAGCACUGCAAGUCUUUGUGUGGAUAGUAGCAGAGGAGGGGCGGGCUGGAGGAUUACAUGUAGGAAUUAUCAAAAAGGCAAAGAGGAAGCUGUAAGAAUAGAAAACCGCUGCAUAUACUAAAGAUGGGGGGAUUGUGUUGCAGAAUAACAAUGUACUAUUCCUGUACCACCUUACUUAGACUUCUCAUCUUGUCCGCAAUCAAAGAUCGUGUCACUACUCUGUAA